AUGGAAGCUGAAGAACCGUUUGUAGCUCCGAGCGAAGAGAAAAGGCUGUCCAAGGUAAUAUAUCGUGCUAUAGUAUUAUAUUAAGUUAGAUAUUAAUAUUAAAAAGAUAUUAUUUUAAUGAUACAAAGAUGUAACUAUGUUAUUGUAGUAUAUUUCUGUUACUUACCAAGCUUUUCGCCAUUUAUUGUGUAUAUGACAAUCGUUUUUAAUGUCUUCAGACCCUUAUAUCAGUACUAGUAGUACUCGGAGUGUCAGUAUCAUGGACCUCGGCUUCUCAAUUCACAAAACUGGCAUUGCACGAUGAAUUCAAAGCUCCAUACUUCAUCGUGUGGUUCAACACCAACCUCAUGAUGUUAUGUUACCCCUUCUACCUUGUCGUAUCUUGCCGAAAGUCAUGGAAGACCAUCAGACAGGAGACGUUUGACUGUGACAGGACAUUGCUGUAAGUAAGUUGCUAUACCAUAAUAUUUGUUUUUACAGUUAGAUAACAUACGAUUUAAUAUAUAUAUACUAACAAUGUACUAUACAUUAUCGUAUUUUAAGUAUUUAUAAAGCAAUUAUACGCUUUAUAUGAUAUAAUCAAAUGUUACAGUGAAUGGUUGUGGGUUACAGUAACCCUACUGACCUUGUGGACGAUGGCCAACGUUCUCUUCAGCGUUUCUCUGGGCCGCAUCUCAGCCUCGGCUUCAACUUCCCUUAUCAGUUGUAAUGUAUUCGUGGUAUUUCUACUCAGUAAAUGUUUUUUAGACGAAAGGUAUACUGUAACAAAAGUAAGUUGACAUAAUUUCCUUGGUUUUUUGGUGUUUCUCAUACUUGAGCCUAAGUAAUAUAAUAAACUUUUACCUUAUUUAAAGAUACUUUGCAGAGUAUAUCGACAGUGUUGGGGGUGAUAGGAGUGAUAGUAAUAUGUUGUGAUAAGGAGUUUGCUGGCGAUGUUGUUGGCGUCGUAUCUGUGAUGCUGGCUGCCUUCUCUUCUGCUAUGUACAAGGUAAUUAAUUGUUUACAUUGGAGUAACUUUGUCGUAUUUCUUAUUAACUUCUAAUGACUUAUGUCUCUUUACAGUAAUUACAGUACCUUGUUGUAGGUAGUGUUUAAGAAGAUAGUAGGACAAGCCGGACUUGGCCAAGUGUCAUUACUAAUGUCAUUGUUAGGAGCCCUCAACUUGCUCCUCAAUGUAAUUCCAAUUACUUUACUGUGGUAUGUCGACGUAGAAGUAAUAACACUCCAUAACAUACCAUGGUUUUAUCUGAUAGGAAGUGCUGUUCUCAGUCUGAGUAAGUCUGUUAUGUUUAAUAUUGUGAUAACAAGAUGUUUUAUGUAAUAAGAUACUGUUUUUUAGCCUACAACUUCGUAGUAAACUUAUCUAUCGCUUUAAUUACUCCGUUGUUCGUAUCUAUUGGAGCUCUGCUUGGUAUACCAUUGAACAUGAGUAAGUUAUUGACUUAUUAAAUCGCUAAACCCUUAAGCAAUCUUAUGAUAACCACUUUAGGCUUAAAAUCUAGAGUUUGCUUUAUUUUUAAUUGUGCAGCUGAAUUUAAAUUGUGCAGCCUGCGAAAGCCUGGUUCAAGCUGCGCCCACCAUUUUAUUUUUUACUUUCAGUUGUGGAUAUCCUGAUGAACAAUAUGGUAGUCAGUCCUACCUUUCUCGUGGGUUCUAUUUUGAUUACCGUAUCUGUGGCUAUUAAUCUCAACUACCGUAAGAAAUAA